UUAAAUUUGGUUAACAGUGAUUACUUUAAAGUCCCAUCACCAAAUUUCUUGUUGAUGUGUCAUAAAUACCUAAAAAUCUGAUUGUCUUUCUAGAUAUCAGGAGAAAUGGGAGCACUGGAUUUAAUGCAUUUAAAGUUGCCUCAGGUGACCCCAAAAUUCCUUGGAAAAGUCAUCAGCUCCUGUAUGCAAGAUAUUUCAGACGAUGAGUGGAUGUCUUUGGAUGCCAGUGAUACUGGAUCAAAGGCUGUCACUGCGCUGUCCGACAUGUGCUGUGCCGUCAUAGGUGAAAUCAGCUCCUUGGUCCUGCAGGAUGUGGAGCCUCAGGUUCUUGCCUGGGGCCACCAUCACGCAUGUGGCGAUAAUGUAACUGUGCCGGGUGGGUGGAGUUACUGCAGGGUGACAGAGAUGAAUAUUCGAGCCUGCUGUAGAAACAGCCUUUAUGACUGUUUUGGUGAAGCCCUGCACGUAGCACAGGAAAGCUCCCACACCUUAGAUCAGUUAGUGAGGCUGUUUUCAGCAGAGAUUACUAAAAGAGUAAACUCAUCGCUGGCCCAAAUCACAGGCUCAGCUCCGUCCUCUGACGUUUAUUACUGGCCGACAUCAGAAUGCAUUUUUCAGAUGGUCUCUAACAUGGGAAACAUUUUUAAAUCCAUGUUGGAAGGCCGCAGAAGAGUCAAAGGUGAGCCAUGUGACGAGCUGCCGUGCCUGGGCUGUGACUGCAAGCAGUGUUGCUGUUUUGACUUUGAGGGUUUUGAGAAAAGGUUAGCAGAGCUUUUAGCCUGCAUGGAUAAUCUGAAUCGAGAGCCAGCUCCACAGAUGAAGGACGAGUCAUGUGACAAGCAGCCAUGCUCCUACUGUAAAUCCAAGGAGUGCUGGUGUUUUGACUUUGAGGAUCUUGAAAAAAGGUUAGCAGCGAGUUCAGUCUGCAUGGAUAAUUUGAAUCCCGAGCCAGCUCCACAGGUUUCUGAUCACUCAGAAUCACAUGACACCCUGGGUUCAGACAUGAUGGAUAGUUCUUCAUCACGUUCACGGUCUCCUGAUUUCCAAAUCAACCAGACCUUCCUUACUGUGCUUCUUGGGAAGCUGGUUGACCACAUUGCUGUGAAAACCAAAACAUCCAUACUAAACAUGGAUCUUGAGCAAUUAGUGUAUGGUGUAACAGUGAGGACCGAGGGCGUGCUGAAUCUUGCUCCCCCAAAAAAUGUUGCCAAACUGCACAUCAGAAUGUACAAAGAGCUGUGCCUGAAAUUUCGAUCCAAAUACGUGCUGCAGGCCGUCAUGGAAUCAGGUGAUGACACGUUUGAGUUUGCUGUUUCUGAGACUUUAAAAUCACAGCUCAUGAAACAGAAGACCAAGAAAAGAUGGAGGCCUUUCAAGUCCAGGAACCUUCCUCCAGGGCCUGAGGUUCAAACACCAGAAUCCCAGAGUGAAGAACGGGGCGAACAAACAUCGUUCUCACCUCCAAAACGAUCACUGGGCAGAACCGUGCGGAAGAAGCUUUCACGCUGGGGUUCUAACGUUGUGGAUUUCUUUAAUAGCAGAAAUUCACAGACUUGA